GACUGUUCACAUUUGACAUAACUGGACAUAACCUAAAGAAAUGUCAAAUUUGAAUCACUUAUUCUAACACAUGCAUAAACCGCUUUAAUAAUUUAAAUCCAAACACGAUAAUGUACUGUUACGUACAGUACUUCAAUGGAAAACGAAUAUCGAUGAAGUGUUGGGAUAUUUUAAUUUGAUUCGAUAAUUUUAUGGGAUACGAUUUUGAAAUGGCACCUCUCACGGAUUUACUCUCUUGUAGCAUAAUUGAAAAAGAUUCUAACGGUGAUAUAUUAUGGACGUGGUCUUACCCACGAGUUGCAGAAUCGCAAAAAGUUGUUGUUGCAAGAAAAUGUAAUUUAGAACUGGAACACAAUUCUCCUCAAGUGUUUGUGUUUGCGAGGCAUAAACACAGUUGGUUUUACAUACACUGCAGUGAGGUGUUUGAUUCGGAUAAAUUACCAAAAGUAAAGCAGUUUGCAUUAGUUCUGUUUGCUAAAGAUUUCAAUCCACGAAAAUACGAAGUACUCUCAAGAGUCCUUAGCAAAAUGUAUUGCAAAACUGGAAAACCAACAGAGAUUCUACAGUUAUACCUAUCUGUAUUUACUAAAGGAUCGUGUUCUACUCAAGAAAAUGGAACAUUUGUUUCUGAUGAUUUUAAUAGCCAUCGUUUUAUAAUGAACACUAAUAUCAGAGAAAUGAUUAAAACUUUUGAAUUGGAAACUAUUUUAAUAUACACGGCUCUUCUUUUAAAAAAGCGUAUAAUAGUUUAUCAUCAUAGCUUAGAACAACUUCUGAAGUGGAUAGGAAUAUUUCCUGAACUGAUGAAACAUCGUAAAGUGACUGAUAAUUUGUUUCCUUGGGUCGAUUUGACUGAUGAUGAACUUGCAGAAUUAAAGGGCUAUUCACAUUACAUUGCAGGUUGCAGAAAUGUAUUUAUUUCAUCAAGAACAGAGCUAUUUGAUUUACUUGUAAAUAUUCCAGCCAGAGAAAUUACAGUUGCUUCGCAUGCAAAAGAAAGUUUAACAAUGACCAAAACCCACAAAGAAAUAGCUCUAUUCAUGGUUCAAUUGAGUGAAAAUCAAUCAUAUACAGAAGCUCAAAUAAUAUCUGAAAUCAAUGACAAAACACAAGAUUUAUUGAACCAAUUAAAGUCCUUAGCUUUAGUUCAAGGACCUGAUGGAAGAAAAAUGGUUUCUGCACAAACGUUGAAAGAAAAGAAUUUACCGCCCGCGGUUGAAAAUUUUUUAAUCAAUUUGGCUGUAGCCGAAAACUUAUUUUUACUAUAA